CCUCGUUCCUUCCUCCGCCACUUCGUACAUUUCUAAGCAUGUCCACCGUUCCGAGCGUUAUAAUUACACAGCUUCUUGUGCGAGGUGCAUCUCAGAUUCUCAAUUCUCAAGCGGAAGUCACCAAACCAUGAGCCACUCCUCUGCGAAUCCCUUCAGCGACGACGACGACGACACCGCCGACCAAACAAAAACCCGCUCCACCCGGGCAAGGCUAUCUUCUCCAGGCGCCGCGGCGGCGGCUCCACCAUAUGUCGUCCCUCGCAUCAUCCGCACGGCGGCGGCCUCCUCGCGCUACAGGCGGUCGUCCACCUGGGGCUACAGCCCCAAGGUGUCCGUGGACAUGGCCGUCGCGCACAGCUGGGCGCCCUACGCGGCCGUCGUCCGCGCGCUCCGCUCCCUCUCCCUCCUGUCCCUCAAGGACGACGACCGCGAGGCGGCGAGGGCGGCCGUCGCGGAGCUGUGCGGCCACGCCGCGCCCUUCAGCGGCGUCCGCCGGUUCCCCGCGGGCGAGGUGUUCGUGUGCCUGGACCGCCCGCCGUUCGCGCGCAAGAUGCAGGGCAUCCAGCAGCCGUUGAUCAAGGCAGAGGCUGCCGGCAGCUAUGGCGAAGAGUUCGUCAGCGCCUGCUCCAUCUACAUGAGCGGGAUCGGCGACGCCCUCGACGAGCUCACGCGCGUCAGGCGUGACGACGACCGCAGCGCCCCCGUCCUGUAUGACCGCGCCGUCUUCGAGUCAGCGUUCCUUCUCAGGUGGACCGAGCCGUGAAGGCAUGACAUGUGUCUAAAAUUUAUAGUAAAAUACGUUUUCUUUAAAUUUCAGAAAUAAUACGUGCAAUAGAUUUCUUUUAUAAAUAAUACACCGUCGUUCUGGCCGAAUAUGACCAACUAGUGGUUCAGGCCCACGUGACCUAUCUAAAUACUAAUCGUCUACUA